AGGCCAUAUCCAAAUCUUGUCCAAGAUUAUUUCUCCCUCUUUCUCUCUCUCUCAUCAUGGAUUCUGUACUCUCCGAAACCCUAGCUUCUGAACCCCCUCCCAAUCAUCCACCCGAACUCGAUUCUCGCAAUCUGAACUUUUCCCCAUCAGAAACCUUAGCUUACUCUUCACAACAACCACUUCCUUCUUCGUAUUCUUCUCUCAAUCAACCACCGUCGUCCGAUCAAAACCCCCCUCAAAACCUAGUCCCACAUGAUCAAACUUCUCCUCCUCCUCCUCCUCCUCCUCCUUCACCACCAGCAGCAGCAGCCCUAGCCUUUGAUGCUACGAACCCUAAUACUUCAUCCGAACCCGAAUUGCCUAACCCGAAUCUACCUCAUGAAGACCCUACUAAUGGCGGUGUUGAAGUCUCCCAGGCGAGCGCAGAUAAAGAUAAUUCAGGCGGGGAAGAAGCCACCACAAGUAGCCGACGACGGCGGCGCAGCCGAUGGGACCCUCCACCGGAAUCUGAGGCAGAGAACGGCGACACAGAUAAUGGACCUAAGAAGCGUAAGUCCCGGUGGGCAGACGAUGAGCCCAAACCUGCCUUUCAGCUACCAGAUUUUAUGAAGGACUUCAUUGGAGGUUUGGACGUUGACCCUGAAAUUCAAGCUUUAAAUGCUAGACUUCUCGAAAUUAGUCGUAUGUUACAAUCAAAUUUGCCUUUGGAUGAUCGUCCCGAGGGGGGCAGAUCGCCCUCUCCCGAACCUGUAUAUGAUAACUUGGGAAUUCGAAUAAAUACUAGAGAGUAUAGAGCCAGAGAACGACUUAAUAAAGAAAGACAAGACAUAAUUUCACAGAUAAUUAAGCGGAAUCCGGCAUUUAAGCCGCCUGCAGAUUAUAGGCCACCAAAGCUUCACAAGAAGCUAUACAUACCAAUGAAAGAAUACCCGGGUUAUAAUUUUAUUGGAUUGAUUAUUGGACCGAGAGGGAACACGCAGAAGAGGAUGGAGAAGGAAACAGGUGCAAAGAUUGUGAUUCGUGGCAAGGGGUCGAUAAAAGAAGGUAGGUUGGGGCAGAAAAAGGAUUUGAAGUUUGAUCCGGCAGAAAAUGAGGAUUUGCAUGUCUUGGUGGAAGCGGACACGCAGGAUGCGCUGGAUGCUGCAGCAGGGAUGGUGGAGAAGCUUUUGCAGCCGGUGGAUGAAGUGUUGAAUGAGCACAAGAGGCAACAGCUGAGGGAAUUGGCUGCGUUGAAUGGGACUAUAAGGGAGGAUGAGUUUUGCAGGUUGUGUGGUGAGCCAGGGCAUAGGCAAUAUGCAUGUCCUGCUCGGAUGUCAACAUUUAAGAGUGAUGUGUUAUGUAAGAUUUGUGGUGACGGUGGGCAUCCGACUAUUGAUUGUCCUGUAAAAGGGACAACAGGUAAAAAGAUGGAUGAUGAAUACCAAAAUUUCUUGGCAGAAUUAGGUGGCACCAUCCCAGAAUCUGUUAUUAAACAAAGCACGGCAUUACCUAUUAUGGGUUCUAAUAAUUCAGGAAGCAAUCCCCCUUGGGCUGGUGGUAGCAGUGCAGGAGGUACUGGGAGCACUUUGCAUCCUGGACUAGGGAGCAAUGUAUCUAAGAUUGGAAAGGAAAUUGAUGAUACUAAUUUGUAUAUCGGGUACCUGCCACCUACUUUCGAGGAUGAUGCUCUGAUUCAAUUGUUUUCACCUUUUGGUGAUAUAGUUAUGGCUAAGGUUAUCAAGGAUAGAGUGAGUGGAUUGAGUAAAGGUUAUGGUUUUGUGAAAUAUUCUGAUAUUUCACAGGCCAAUCAGGCCAUUGCUCAGAUGAAUGGUCAUCGCUUGGAGGGGAGAAUGAUAGCAGUACGAGUUGCUGGUAAGCCACCGCAACCUGCUGUAAACCCUGGAGCUCCAGUACCACCAGUACCCAGCUAUACUGGUCCCAAUCAGGCAGUUAAUGGAUAUCCGCCACAUCAAAAUGCAUCAGGCCCUUUCGGAAGUGCACCCCCUGGCAGUUACAUGGGUGCUUCCAUUCGUUGGGGACCGCCUGCUCCUCCUCCAUAUGCUUCUUAUGCCCCUCCUCCGCCUCCUCCUGGAUCACAUAUGUACACCCUUGGUCAACCUAUGCCCCCUUAUGGUGUCCAGUAUCCCCCAUUGGCACAAGCAGCUGUUUCUGGUGCCCCACAGCAGAACAUGCCUUCUGGUGAAGCCCAACAAAGCUACCCCCCUGGUGUGCCAACUCAGAAUAACACUACUGCACAAUCAGCAACUGCUUAUGGAAACACAAUAAGUGCAAUGCCACCAAACUCUCAGACUGCCUAUCACCUAUCUUCUUUGGGUUAUCCUUCUUAUUAUGCUGCCGCUCCUCCACUUCCUGCUGUGUCUUAUUCAAUGGGGGACCAACAGAGUUUUGCAAGUGCACCAUGGGCUUCAAACCAACCUGUGCAUCCACCUAUUCCAUCUGCAGAGCCAAGUCAGCAAGCUAGUUAUGGUGCAGAUUCCGAAUAUGAGAAGUUCAUGGCUGAGAUGAAAUAAAACGGUUUCGUCAUAAAUGUAAGUGUGCAACUUCUUUUCUUUUUCCCAUCCCGAAUUUUGGUGUGCAUGGUUACUUCUCGUUUAUAUUACAUAUUUACUUCUCAUAAUCAAAGUUUUCACAUCAUAAAUGUUUUUUGUGACUUCAUCCAACAUGGCUAGAAAGAUCCACUGGAGUCUGGAGCUGUAUUCAAUGGAUGAGUUGUUUAUUUUUCGGAUAUUUCAUAUAAACCUGCCUGUGUGACAUUAAGUUCAAUGAUGGGAAAGAAACCUCCACCUGUGAUAUUGAAACCAAAUGCUGACAAAAAUGGAAAGGAAGGGAUAUGAGUUAUGAGCAACGUAAUUGCUUUGGUAAAUGAAAUUCUAUAUUAGGUACGGUGAAUAGACUUGUUUAUUCCAUUUGUAUUUGUAAUCCAUACCAAUCAUGUUUUAAUUCUGACAUGUUG